AUGACGACUGUGAACUCUCAACAAAAGAAAUCUGGAUACGAGAUACAGCUUGAUGUGAAGUCAGUGACCGGCAACGAGACCUUCCGGCUUGAAAGAGUUCUAACCACUGAUCGUUUACCAGUAAAUACAAGUCACAUCGCAACCAAUGAAGAAGUCCGAGAGUGGCCACAUCUCCAAGACGUUACCUUGCCCGAGACAGGAGACAAGCAAGUCACUAUCCUGAUAGGGGGUGAUAGACCGGACAUUAUUGAUAAUUAUCUUGAAAGAAGAGACGGCCAAAGAGGACAACCUUGCGCUGUGAGGACGCCAUUAGGGUGGACAGUUUUCGGUCCGAUUGGUUCGCAAGGAGACGAGAAGGUCUCAAUUAACUAUUCACGCUCUGAGUACGAAGUCCUAGAGCAGAAGUUAGAGCGGAUGUACAACGUGGAAUUCAAUGAUCUGAGUGAUGACGUCGAAGAAAACCCGUCCUUUCAGGAUCGACAAGCACAAGAAAUGAUGGUUGAAACGACAGUUCUGAAAAAUGGGCAUUAUCAAGUCGGUCUACCCUUCAAACAUAACACUCCACACUUCACGAAUAGCCUUCCCACAGCAGAAAGAAGAUUAAGUUACCUGAAAUCAAGGAUGGAAAGAGACGAGAACCUCCGAAAGAAAUACAGUACUGUUAUGAACGAGUACCAAGAAGAAGGAGCGGCUAGAGUAGUCCCCGAAGAAGAGUUAUCAAAGCUACAGCCCUUAUGGUAUUUGCCGCACCAUGCGGUAUGGCAUCCAAGGAAACCGGGAGAGCCUAGAGUGGUUUUCGAUUGCGCGAGCAAAACAGAAGGAACUUCACUGAAUGACGAACUAUUGCGAGGACCAGAGAAUACGAGUACGCUUAUCGGGGUGAUGCUUAGAUUCAGAGUCGAAACUGUGGCGGUAACGGCAGACAUUAAAAGAAUGUUUCACCAAGUUCACGUGAUUCCAGAACAUCGCGGUGUGCUCUGUUUCUUAUGGUGGCCGGAUGGUGACAUCACCAAAGCCUCAAAAACGUACCAAAUGCUAGUACAUCUUUUUGGCGCCAAGUCAUCCCCCAGCGUCGUGGGAUACGCCCUUAGAAGAACCGCCAAAGAUAAUGCUGAAGAUCAUCCCCCUGAGGUGAUUGACGCCGUCCUCCAUGAUUUUUAUGUGGACGACCUCCUAAAGUCGUAUACAACCCCGGACAUAGCGGUAUCAGUAAGCAAGAAACUAGAGAAUCUGUUAGCAAAGGGUGGCUUCAAACUUACCAAGUGGAAUUCGAACUCACGCGAAGUGCUGGAACAAUUCCCACCUGAAUCUCGAGCUCCUGUAGUCAAAGAUCUGAAUUUGAAAUCGGAAGAAGCCUUGCCCGUAGAUCACGCUCUCGGUCUUAGAUGGGACGUUCAAAGGGACACUAUUGUCCUUGUCGCUAGUAACAAGAAGGAACCUAGCAAUCAGAAAGGUGUUUUAUCAUCGAUAGCAACGAUCUAUGAUCCCUUGGGCUUUGCCGGUCCUCUGAUCUUGCCCGGUAGAGAAAUAAAUCAAGAGUUAUGCAGAUUGAAGCUUGAUUGGAAUUGCGAACUCCCAACGGAACUGCAUAAACGUUGGAUCACAUGGAAAGAAGAUAUGGCGAGUCUCGAUAGAUAUGAGUUGGAACGAUGUUUCAAGCCAAAGGAUUUCGGAAAGCUUAGGGAAGUCGAAUUGCAUCACUUCUCGGACGCAUCGCAGGAACAUGGAUACGGAACAGUGUCUUAUUUGCGCCUAGUUAACGACGCUGGAAGAGUACAUUGCAGCUUCGUCAUGGGCAAAGCGAAGGUCAAACCCCUAAAGAAGGCAGUCACGGUUCCGAAGUUAGAGCUUACAGCAGCAGCGUUGGCAACGCGAGUAAACAGAAUCAUCGUUAAAGAGUUGAAAGGGCGACUCGAUCUUGACAGAGUUCUAUACUGGACUCGAUGA